AAGCCUUUGCAACCACAAACUGAAAAGUUCCAGUGUCGUGAAUCAUAGAUUUUGCCAGUUGAGGUUGGUGUCAUCAUGUCCCCUGUAUGGAUAACUGUGUUAGAAGUUUCUCUCCAAGAUGUCUGCAGGCUAUGCAUCUGCACCAGGAAGUUCUUAGGGGCCAGCAUGUGAGACCAUGCAGCUGCACCAUCAGCCAGAGUCCUCCAUUGCUUCUACUGAGGUCCACUCACGACCAAAGACGAGAGAAAAGAAGCGUGUGCAGUGCUCACCUGUGGCUUUUUAAAGUGAAAAGAAUGAUGGAUUUCAAAGAGGAAAUUAAACCCAUUUCUGAUGUAUGUAUUAAAGAGACCAGUUCUGCAUUAUCUACAAGAGCAGGAAUGUCGGCUCUUCAAGGACCACUGGUGCUUCCUGAGAUACCUGCACUGGCAGCCCAUGAGACUCACCACAUCUUUGUCAGUUAUAGCAACACUGAUUCAGCCUGGUCAAGGAACUUUAUCCAGAGUUUAGAGACUAUGAUUCCUAAUCUGAAGGCAUGUUAUCAUGAGAGAGACUUUAUACCAGGUAAAACCAUAAUUGAAAACAUGGUUGAAUCCAUUCAAGGAAGCCAGAAAAUAGUCUUAGUUCUCAGCCCUGACUUUGUCCAGAGCAGGUGGUGUCUUCUGGAAGCCAAUAUGUCUGUCUUCCAAGACUGUUUGGGAAGGAAGCCAGUGAUCCCCAUCAUGUUAAUGCCCUGUUUUGUGCCACUGCACCUCACCCAUUUGACUUAUCUUGACACCAAUGAUGUCCAUUUUUUAGAUAAAGUUAUCAAGGUCAUCUGCACUCCCAAUUACAAGAUGAGGAAUGCCACCAUGGUUCCUUAUACCCCUCCAUCCCUCUACAAUGGGAAGUCCCUCGUGGCUUUACCUGCAGUGGAUGACCAGGUCAUUCCAAAAUGGAGAGGAGGCACAUUCAGUGAGGCACUGCCUGACCAGCUGAGUAUAGUCUGUGAAGAUACUGAGGUCUACAGAAAGGCCAUCCGGAUGAUUAAUGAGGUAUCUUCUAGGGUAUCACCUUGUACCUCAAUCAGUGUUGUCUCCGGGAUACUGGUUUGCCUAUUAGGAAUCUUAUUUUUGAUUGUUGGUGUCUCCUUAUUUGUUGGGCUUGACCCGUACUCUGGUGAUCCUUAUGCAAUUUUCCUGGGCUGUAUUAUGAUCUUUGCAACUCUGUGUAGCUUUUCUGUUUUUAUUAAUUGUGUCUACAACUACAAAGUCAAAUCAGCCGAUGAGAAACUUCUGGAGAUGUCCCAAGCUGCUGGUGAGGCCAACUCACUGCUGAUAAAGAAUUCCCUUCUGGUUGGCUGUGAUUCCCAACUGAAGCUCCAGUUAGUCUACAUCUCCCUCAAGGGGUGCAGGAGUCACUUCACAGAGAUUUUUGGAGAGGGAGAACCCUCUGCUGAAGAAAUGUUCCAGAGAGCCUUGCACUAUUUCUCCUCUGAUUAUGCCUGUUGUGUAGCCAAGAAGCAUUUCCAGUUCUCUUGCUUGGGGACAACACCAGGACACUGGGAUAAAGGGCCUUGUUUUUGCCAGUUUGUUUUCCACUGUAUGGAGAAAGGGUCCUGGUACUGGAAUAGUGAUUAUCAUCCAGAUAAAAGAGAACUGGAUUUAGGUUAGAUGCUGGUGAGGUUAUACUUUGAGCAGCAGGCAAGAUAAAUAUGUAGCAGACUGCUCAGUAUCACUGGUCCUUUUUGUUUUUGUAGAAGAAAGAGAAAGGGAUUAUAUUCUAUUUACAUUUGACCCUCGAAGAAAUUCAACACUAAGGUAUCUGCAGCCAAAAUAUCUGUGGUGUCAAUGUCACAGGAAAAAAAAAAGUAAUUUCUUCAUCUACUGAGGUAGCUUCACUCAAGUACAGCCCACUUAUAUACUGCCCACGAGACAAAGGUUAGGGGAAAAAGAAGCAUAAACCACAAGGUGGUUGGCAGUGCAGACAUCUAGAUGUACAGAAUGUGUCUUGCUGAAGGCUAAUAAGGGGAAAAAUGUUCUCCAAAGAACAUAAUUUCCCCUCCAUUUCAGGCUUAUUUGCAGGGGAGGUAAAGUAAAAGAGAAGGCU